AUGGCGGAAUCCACGUACCAGAUCCCAGAAGAGUACCAGUCACAGCUGAAAUAUGUGGAGUCGAAAGACAGCCGCACCGAUGCCGAGAUUCUGGACGCCUUGACGAAGCAUGCACCCAUCACGUCCGAGAAGAACAUUUGGACGUUCUGGCAUGCCGGCGUACAGCAGAUGCCAACAUGGACACAGCGCAACAUCAUCAACUGGGUGCGACUUCACGGCCCUGAGUGGACGAUUCGCGUGCUCGACACGGUGCCAAACUCGCCAAAUCACGCGUUGACUUGGAUGUCGAUCGACCUUCUUCCGGAGACCUUCGUGAAGGGUACGAUGACGGGGCCGUACGUAGGUCCUCAUAGCGCCGACUUCCUGCGUGGCGCAGCACUGUACACGUAUGGUGGCGUCUGGAUGGACGUCGGAUGCAUCGUGUUCCGCAACCUCGACAAAGUCUGCUGGGACCAGCUUGGAGACGACGACAGCCCAUUUACAGUCGCUGCGCCACUGGUGUAUGGGCAGUUCAUGGCGAACCAUGUCGUCGCCUCUCGAAAAGGCGACGAGCACCUGAUCUUCCUGGAGCUCUGGAAGGGACGUACCGACUUUACUGGCGUAGUGCAGUCGCCUCUCAUCAGCUUCAUCAAGCAGAUGAAUAGCAAGGAUCUUCAAGACUCCGGAUUUAAAUGGGAGUGGAAAGUCGACGAGCAGACUCUCAUCGGAUACAUUGGGCAGUGCCUCGCCUGGAUACGCUUGACGUGGCUGCAAGAACCCAACGGCGGUUUCGAUGGCGUCACCUACUGGGCUGAGAAGGUCUUGCUGUGGCAUGCGCUAUCUGAAGACUUUCCUGCUGAGAACACUCUUGGCUUCGAUAUUAGCGCAGACUUUCUCAAGCUUUUGGCCAUGAGCGUGGAUGCUGACGAGUCCGACGCGGUAUACGAGAAGGCGAAGAAGGCCACGUGGGGGAUGUUGACGCAGAGUGUGAUGCAGAAGAUCACACAUGGCAAAGGGCUGGGCGAAACGAUUCAUAUUGGCACGUUGCUGGACCUUCCGGAUAAUGAGGGUAUAGACGCUGCACCUGGAACGUUGGCAGGGCUACUACGAUAUGGAAGCGUGCAUCUGGAGCAGGCGAGAGACAUGCCGUAUAUCAAGGCCCCUGCGGUGGAUCCUGAGUUCAUUCUUCAUAAGGGAUUACUGGAGGCGUGA